GCGCGGAGGCGGCGCGGUGCGCACAGGGCCCCCGGAGCGGCGCGGCCCGCGCCGCGCAAAGUUAGCCCGGCGCGCCGGGACGAGCCCCACAGCCGCCCGCCGGCCCUGGACCCCGCGUCGGCAUGGGAGAGCACCCCAGCCCGGGCCCCGCAGUGGCCGCCUGCGCCGAGGCGGAGCGCAUCGAGGAGCUGGAACCCGAGGCCGAGGAGCGGCCGCCGGCGGCGCCGGAGGACCACUGGAAAGUCCUGUUUGAUCAGUUUGACCCUGGGAACACAGGCUACAUCAGCACAGGCAAGUUCCGGAGCCUCCUGGAAAGCCACAGCUCCAAGCUGGACCCGCACAAACGGGAGGUGCUCCUGGCUCUCGCCGACAGCCAGGCGGAUGGGCAGAUCGGCUACCAGGAUUUUGUCAACCUGAUGAGCAACAAGCGGUCCAACAGCUUCCGCCAGGCCAUCCUACAGGGCAACCGCCGACUCUGCAGCAAGGCCCUGCUGGAGGAGAAAGGGCUGAACCUCUCCCAGCGGCUCAUCCGCCACGUGGCCUACGAGACCCUGCCCCGGGAGAUUGACCGGAAGUGGUACUACGACAGCUACACCUGCUGCCCCCCGCCCUGGUUCAUGAUCACGGUCACGCUGCUGGAGGUUGCCUUUUUCCUCUACAACGGAGUGUCGCUGGGUCAAUUCGUGCUGCAGGUAACCCAUCCGCGAUACCUGAAGAACUCGCUGGUUUACCACCCACAGCUCCGUGCGCAGGCAUGGCGUUACCUGACAUACAUCUUCAUGCACGCGGGGAUAGAACACCUGGGACUCAACGUGGUGCUGCAGCUCCUGGUAGGGGUGCCCUUGGAGAUGGUGCACGGAGCAACCCGCAUUGGGCUUGUCUACGUGGCUGGCGUUGUGGCAGGGUCCUUGGCGGUGUCUGUGGCUGACAUGACUGCACCAGUUGUGGGCUCCUCUGGAGGGGUGUAUGCACUCGUCUCUGCCCAUCUGGCCAACAUCGUGAUGAACUGGUCAGGCAUGAAGUGUCAGUUCAAGCUGCUGCGGAUGGCUGUGGCCUUGAUCUGUAUGAGCAUGGAGUUUGGGCGGGCUGUGUGGCUCCGGUUCCACCCAUCAGCCUAUCCCCCGUGCCCUCACCCCAGCUUUGUGGCGCACUUGGGCGGCGUGGCCGUGGGCAUCACUCUGGGCGUGGUGGUCCUGAGGAACUACGAGCAGAGGCUGCAGGACCAGUCGCUGUGGUGGAUUUUUGUGGCCAUGUACACAGUCUUCGUGCUGUUCGCUGUCUUCUGGAACAUCUUCGCCUACACCCUGCUGGACUUAAAGCUGCCACCGCCUCCUUAGGAGGCUGGGGGACUGAGGUCAGGGAGGGGAGGGAGAGGCAACAGCAGGAAGGAACAUGUACAUUCUUGUUCUCAGCGCCAGCUCCUCCACGCUGAGGAGUAGAGAACAAGAUGCUCGGCCGCUGUGAUGUUUGCGUUCAGGUUUGGACAAUGGAGCCUCUUUUCUGAAAGGCGCCUGCUGGAUGAGUUGGAUGUGGUUACCAUUUUUUUCCUACACUGUUCUGAGGACAUCGGGCCAAGGCGAAGGCCUGGGGUGCCCUUCCCUUGGGCUGAGCCUGUUCUGUAUGUUUAGGGGACCCCUCUCGUCACAGAUUGGGCUUUCCUUCUCCCUCGUCCACACACUGAGAUGUCAGGAAGGCCUGAGGAUAGAGUAGCCAGGCGGACUCUUGUCUCGCCCAGCCCGGAGGUGCAGUCGCAGGCCAGGAAAUGCUCCCUCCGCAGCUACUAGGUUUGGAGCUCUGGAGUGGAAGAAGGCCAGGUGGUGGACAUGUUAGUUUGAGUCUAGAGGAGCCCAGGGUCCCCCCUGUUGGUGGGCACUGGGGCAUGGCCUCUAGCCUGGGGUAGGCGGAGGAGGGAGAUGCUGUAAGUCCAGGCCUUGCUCCUGCCCUGGAGGUGUCCAGUGAGCAAAACCCAAGGGGAGGGAAUAAACUUCAUCCCAAGUCCCACCCUAGGGAAGGCCCCAUACCAACUUUGGCCUUCUCCCUCCCUGUCUUCCAGAAUGCUGACAUCUCACAUCAGUGCCCCAGCGCCCCGUGGCCUGCCUUGUUUUUAGAGCCUUUUCCUUCAUUUCCUGACCCUACAUUGUGCCUCUCCUUUGUUCAUGGGGACGUGUGUGAGUGUGUGCGUUGUAUGUGUGUGGUGGAUGAGGACGCCUGUGUGAUGGUAGGAGAUGCCACGGAAAGAACGUGAGGGGAGUUGGAGGCUGCGGAGGAAGGCUGUGGGGGGAGUGUGGGUGUGCAGGAAGGUCUGCGUGAAAGGAAAGAAAGCACUGAGAGGUGGGAGGGUGUGACUGCCGAGGAUCUUACUUUCAGCAAAGCUAGCCCCUUCCUUCCCGUUCCUCAUCCUUUCCAGGCAUCUCCCUGAGCGCCACUGACCAGUGGGAGACUUGUCCAUGACGGAGGGAGCCCUUGGGCCCUCCCAAGGACCCUCAGGACGCCGUGGUUUGCCUUUGCCCAAUUCCGUUCUUGUUUUCCUCUGGAAUGACCUUCACGUGUAAAAAGGUUCUGUUCUCUUUCCCUUAGGAGGGCAGGAGCUGUGGGGGUGUAAGGCCGGGGCAGGAAUGUUGAAGCCAUGUGUCCAUCUGAGUAGGGGGGACAGGAGGCUGCUGUCAAAGGAAUUCCAAUUUAGGCAGAAAACUGCUUCUAGAGAAUUGUUGGGGAUUCGGAUGAGGGUCCAAAGUGAGGGCAGCCCAUAGACUCAGAUACUCAGAGCCUGGAGGGAACUUGGCAGGCUCAUCCCUUCCUCUGCCGCACAAGUGGGAAAGCGAGGCUCAGGGAAUGACUCCCAGGCAGGAGCGAGUGCAGGCCCUGAGCAGAGAGGAAGGGGAAGAAGGCCUUUGACAAAAUCUGUGAUUCCCUUUAUACUGCUCGCGGAACUCCCAACCACUGACAACCCAGAAAGAUGAAGAACUCCCGUCUGGGAAGCAGAGGGACUGGGUCCGCGCAGGGACGAGGGCAGGAGCUUGGUCCAAAGUCAGCUGGGCCAGGCAGUUGGGGAUCUUGGGCCACUGUGGCUUCCUGUCCUCCGUGAUCACACAUGAAUGAGCAGGGUCUUCAUUCAGCCCCAGGCUAUGCCAACCGCCCCCCACCCCAACCCCGUCUUUGCCCAGUGCUAAAUACAUCAUCCCGGUCCCCACAUGUGGCUGCCGAGGUCACACCGCACUCAGGCUGACUAGGUACUGAGGACUGCCCACCCGAGCUGGCGCGGGCCCAGGUCCGUAGCGGAGCUGCGUCUCCCUCGGGCGUCUUGUCUGUGUCCUGACAGCCUGUGUCUGCCCUCUAGAGAGAAGGGGUGUAGUCAGCUUCCUAGGAGGAGACCAUGCUGGGACUGGGGGCCAAGAGGACUUGAGUGAGGAUGGGGAGGGCGGCCCUGGCCAUGGGCCACAGCCCCUCAACCGGAGCAGUGCUGUCCCUCACUGGAGGAGCGGGGAGGCAGGGCUUCCCUGCAGGCACCCCGGGUGCUCUGGGUUGUGGGUGGAGGGAGCAGUCACCCCUGCCUUCUCUGGGUGUGGCCUGGAGAGGGUCUUCCCCUCUCAGGGGCGAGAAGACUGUGAAUAGAAGGCUCUAGCAAGCCCUCAGAGAAGCACCCGGGUCCCUCAGGUCUCCAGACGGGAGCUUGCUCCCGAGAAGGACUGUCUGAGGCAGAAAUCCCAUUUGCUGUCGUGUCUGAGAUGCACGAAGGGAGCCUCACCUGACUUUAGGCCGCCAGCCGCAGCUGUUCCCUGUCAGCAGUGUCCAAAAGUGACCCCGAAGCUCGUCAGUCUGCUUAACACCCCCCUCUCCACCCUUGCCCAACCAUCAGCUCCAAGCAGGGCCACGCAGUCACUCCACACAACCCAGGUCUCCAAACCAGGGCCAGAGACAAUCGUCUGGUAAGAAAGGUUUCCUUUUUGGUGUCUGGCUUUCUUACCCUCCCCUCCCCCCUCCCCCCACCCCCAGGGCCCGGCCAGCAGCACAUCCCCAUCAUCCCUCCUUCCCCGUCCAGCACAGCCCCUGGCCCAGCGUGGAGGGCAGUGUGCUGUGGGGCCGGGGAGAGUGGCUGGUCUUGCAUCCAUAGGAUACAGAAAUUGAAAGCCGGGGAUCCCCCAAACAGCAGCCAUAGAUUUGCCCGCUCAUUAAACAGAAGAGGAAUCACAGAAACUAGGGAAGGGAAAACAAAUCUUCAAAGGAGAAAUUUUGCUUUAAUGACACCAUUAAUCAUUCAUUUUUUUAAUUAGGAAAAGCUCCCUAAAGAGGCAUUUUUGCCAGCUAAUAGGACUCUCCAUUUCCACGAGGACCGUUCCUACCCAGAGGAUUAGGAGAGUCAUUGCUCACAAACCCAGAUCUUCCCCCACAGUGUUCAAUUUCGCUUGCAAAUAAUGCAGAUUCCCGGGUGCAGCGGAAGCCAUCUCCUGGCUGCCUUCAUGUUGCUCCCGGGGCUGGCCGGAAAGCACCGACACUCCUCUGCCUUAAAAACCGUGAAUUCCACCCCCAAGGACUUGAGUAAGUGGAAAACAAAAGGAAACACAAGCUGCAAUGUUUGUUUCUAAAUAUUUUUGUAUUGUGUACAUUCUGUAUAUUUUUGUCGCAACAUAUUAUUCGAGCACAGAUUCCAUUAAAGAUUUUUUAAGCCAUCGGUUAUUCAGGAAGUGGCAUAAAGGGCUGGCGUGGGAGCCCUGUUUCAUCUUUGGAGGUGGGAGGUGGGGUGGGGGGACAGCAGCGGUGCUGGGCCUGUGAUGUGCACAAGACAGAGCUGGGACUCGGCGCUUGGUGCUGCUGCUGGUGCUUCCAGUCUGGUGGAACCGUUUUUGAAUUGCUGAACUCUUUUGAAUGGUUGAUGAGAGCUAGGUUUUCUCUUGCCCUAACAAUGCGCAGGGAGACAGUUUUGUGUACAAUGUGGAAGGGGGAGGUGGUCUGCAAAUAAGGAAACUCACUCAGCUUCAGGUCAAGAGCUUUUGUGCCAGCUGUGCUCGUGGGGGUCCCGUCUUCCCCUUCUACCCUUACACGGUGGGAGAUUAAUGUUUUGACUACUGUUAUUGUCGUAAUCUUUGAAAUACCUAGGUACUUUGUUCUUUACCCCAAUAGCCUAGUCUGUAGGUCUUUCUAGGGGCAGUCAACAUUCUGAUCUGGAGGAAGGGAUAGGGAACGUUCUCAGGGUGAAAGGACAUGGUUCACGUACAGAAGGGGAAAACAAGAAGGGUGUAAGUGUGAAGGUCCAAUGCUUGGUAGGUUUAACAACCAAAUGGGCUUUGAAUGGAUGAAGUCUGAGGAAGUGAGUUGUUUACUCCAGCUUUUCUAAACCGAUGACAGCGUAUGUGGUUUUGCAGUUCAUAACCAUUAAAUUUCAUUCGGGGAUUAAACUACUCUGUUAAAUUCA